UGUCACAAGGCUGUCAUGCCAGACGACUCUCUCCCCUCCUAACAUUAUUAUCGCCUCUACAAUCAAUAUACUUAGCACAAGCUAUACAGAAAACAAAAAAAAAUAAAAUCAAAUCUAAAAUAUUUCUAAAUUAAAUCCGGAGAAAGCCAUGUUUGGGGGUAAGCCACGACCUAAGACGGCUCUGAAGGCGGCUAUUACCGCUGCUCUGACAGCAGAAGAUGUUGGCAACGGAAGCGUCUCCGAGCUGAAGGAGGUGAUCGCUAACAGUGUCGCCAGCCAAAGCGGAAACAAUAGCGGAAGCGGAACCGAAACCAUGCCCAAGCUGCAAGAGGAGAGCGGUAGCGAUAGCGCUAGCACUGGCAAUUGCAGUGGCGCAGGCUUUGAUGCAAACGGCUACGGAAGAAUAGACUGGAUAGGAUCUGGAAACAUCAACAGCAACAGCAACAGCAACGGAAAUAUAAGCGGAAGCAGCAGAGUGUCUAAGGAAAGGAAGACGAUCGACAACAUAAUUGUUGGGAACGCCGACCGAAACAGAAACGACAACUGGAACGGAAACAGCGGAAGCGCUGACGGCGGAAACGGCAACAACGGCAACAACGGCAUCUCUUCAUGCGGUAUCUUUAAUCGCAUUUUUACCCGAGGAGAUCGGCUGCUCCGUCGCUGGCUGCCUGGCUACAAUUAUCUGCGCGACGGCAGCGGAAAUCGCACCUCAGACACAGCUGAAAAUGAGUCCGGAAACGAGUCCACAAGUGCGGAGGUCACCAACGAGCAGCCGACUGAGCUGGCUGAGCUGGCUGAGGCGCAGGGGUCGACCACUACGGUUCGUGGUCAUUGGAACAAAUGGCUGUCCAAUGACAUCUACCUAAGCGUGGGCAUCACCCGAGCCGAGUUCAGCGCCCAUCUGGAAAGCAUCCUGAAGAAGAGGAUGUUCCAAGAACGCAAGAAGGCAGCACUAGCCAUGCCGCAUCAGUAGCCGGGGGCUAUUGAUUCUCGUGCCAUCUCGUGCCACCUCGUGCCUUACUUUCGGUCGCUUUCAUUGUUUCAAAAAACCGAAGGGAACUCAUUAAAAUUAAAUAGAGAGCAGCCCAGAA